AUGAAAAUAUUAACUUUAAAGAAUCUUAGAAGCAGUCAAGAAUUUGAUGAUUAUAAAGUUUCUGAAAAUUGCAAAAAAUAUCCAAAGCUUGCCGAAGAACUUUGUCCACAUUCAUGCGCCUUAUGUUGCAAAACAAAGGAAUAUCGGUGCAACAACACUACUACGCCAAUAGCAUUGGCAUCGGCGGUAACAUGUCGUGAUGAACGAGUUAAUUGUGGUUCGAGACCAGACCUCUGCGUGGGACCAUAUGCUGCAGUGUACGCGAACCAAUGCAAAUCCACUUGCGGUCUUUGUAAUAGAGGGUAA